AUGUUGGCAGAUAAUAUUGAAAUGACAGGCGUUAACCAGGAUGAAACUAAGAUUGAGUACAACGAAGAUAGUUCUGAUGUUUUGGAUCCUGUGAAUGACAAUAAUUUGGACGAUACUGAGGCUAUUUCUACCCCUGAGGAUAGACUACAUACUGGUACUACACAUAGCGGUCUAAUCGAGGAUAACGGGGGUAUUUCAAAUAUGCAAGAUCGAUCAACAUUUCGUGAUCUUAAUGAUGACGGCCCCUCUCACAAUUCUGUUACUAAUUCCGCAGAACAUUACCCGGUGGAUGGUGGUAACUUUGCAGACUAUAAGCAAGCUGAGGACCAAAGUACGAUUACACCUACAGGUAUUGACGGAAAAAAUGAUGAUCACAUAGAGGAUACUAGAGCUACAGAAUCUUUACACCAAGAAUCUACCGACAUAUCAAUGGUUGAUAAAACUAGUCAACACUUUCCGAAUUCUUUAAAUACAGAAUGCCGCCCUUCCAACAUACCAGGCAGUACAAAUGCCAAAGAAUUACAUGAUAAUUAUAAUAAUGCGGAUGAAACAUCUGAUACUUCGAUCGUUAAUAGACUUUCUCUAGAAAACCCUGGAGAGGUACCUGUCCAACAUGUAAAACAAGCAGAAGGAAAGAUUUCAUUAGCAGAAGAAAUGAUGGCAAAUUUAACAUUGAUAUCCAAUAAAAACGUUAAUGAAGUACGAGAACAUAGGUUCAAAAGACUAGAGAAAAGGGGUCAUUGGACACCCAUGAAGGGACUUGUGAAUAAAAUUGACAACUAUGGUGAUUUAAAUAGUUCUGAUUUAACAUGGGGACCUUUUUAUGAAAUACCUUCCAAACCUGGAAGGAAAGGCCCUGCCUUGGAUAUUUUUUCUGAUUCACUGAAACAUAAUGAUCAAUACUGUGUGGUUCUACAAACUCCUGAUUCAAUAGAACGUUAUUCAUUGAAUGGGAAAUUAUUACAACACGUAAGUUGUUCUCCGUAUGCCAUAACCAAAGUUUCCUGUGGAAAUGUAGUUGGUAUGGGAAGGGUUGUAAUAUGUGGUACUCAGUGUGGUAAGGUAAUAUUUUACUCAUUUUUCCGCUUUGAACAAUUAUUGAUUCUUGAUACCACUACCAUAUACGAAGAUUAUCUGUCAAUUGGAGAUUCUAUGUCUGAUGAUUCAGAAAAACAAGAUGACCAUAGGCACGCUUUAAAUUCUACUUUAUUUGAAAUCAACUGUCUUGCUCUUGUUAACUGUUUGGAGGAGUACUCAAAAUGGCUAGCUAUUGGCAAUCAAUUAGGUCAUCUGUUAAUAUAUGAAAUUCCAUCGCUUAAUUUACUAAAUUUUAUAUGCCAUCCACCUGAUGAAAAUUGUAUUUCGAGGUCGUCAUCGGAAUCUAGCUUUUAUGAUCACGACAAUGAGGAAAAAAGUCCCUCCUAUGGGGAGUUACAGUCAAAGAUCAUGAAAUCAAAGUCUGAAAAGAAUGUAUAUAUUUCCUGCAUACGCCUGUGUAGCGUCUAUAAUGACCUGUGGGUCGGAUAUGGAGAUGGAUCAUUUGCAGUAUUUGAGAUGAUAACUGGGCUUUGUAAGAAAUUUGUACCAAAUAAUAACAAUGAUUCCAAAAUGGAAACUAUAACCAGCAUCCAUUUUUCUUAUAUUUACAACAUAACGUUGAUUGUAUAUGGAAAUGAUAAGGUUGAUAUUUGGGACUACAGUACUCUUACAUUCGUAAAAACAUUUCCUUCCAGCAUUUUAACUUGUGGAACGAGUCCAAUAUCAUCUCUUUGUAUAUAUGAAAUGUCUGAAAAAGCGUUGAACAAUAUCUGCUUACUCUUUAUCGGCUCGAUGGAUGGAUCACUUAUUUUGCGUCGUAUCGAUCGUCUACAAAAUGGAGAUAUCGCAUGGACACUCUUAUUCAAUUUCUCUUACACUGGUUCAGAAUUUGAUGAAACAAAGAAUAGGAAUAAGUUAUCACAUGGUGGUAAGGCUAAAUUCAGCUGUAUAGAUUUCAGAGAAGCGCCUAUUACAUGUCUAUAUCCACUACUUUCACACAACUUGAUUCUGGUUGGAAAUGCAUGUGGAGGGUUAGUUUCGGUAUGCAAUCUAUUCAAAAAAGCAUAA